CAGCGUACCCGGCAACACUUCCGCAAAGUAUCCUGGCUUUUCAGUGUGUUGUGGCGAUGGAUGGCAGAGCUGUGAAGGCGAUACUGUUUGACCUGGACAACACGCUCAUUGAAACGAGCCGAGCAGGAGCAGUGGCGAUACAGAAGACCAGAGAACUUUUAAAGACCAUUCUGGGCCUUGACGAUGACACCAUCUGCCGCAUUUCUGACAAGUUCCAGCAGAAGCUUUACCUUGAGAGUUUUGAGCCUUCAGCUGGCAGAUCCAUAGAUGACGUCCGUGUGGGUCACUGGGAGGAAAGCAUCACGGAGACUCUGGGUAGUUGCUCUCCACCCUCUCUGGCAGCUCAGUGCUACUACCUGUGGAAAAAUAGUCGCCUGGAGGUCCUCUGUCUCUCUCCUGAAGUGUGUGACCUUUUGAAAGAACUGCGCAUUAGACACAAGCUGCUGCUGCUGACCAACGGAGAAUCUCAGGUCCAGAGAGAGAAGGUGAAGGCAGUCGGGUGUGAGGAGUUCUUUGAUGGCAUCGUGAUUAGUGGAGACCAUGCAGAGCAGAAACCGUUUGUCUCCAUCUUCACGUUGUGUUUCAGAAUGCUGGGGGUGGAGGCCCAGGACUGCAUUAUGGUGGGAGACUCUCUGGACACAGAUAUUCAGGGGGGCUUUAAUGCCCGAGUACGAGCCACAGUCUGGAUUAAUAACGCAGAAGGGACCGCAUCAGAUGGGUCAGUGAAACCAGACUACACUAUCCCAACUGUGCUUGACCUGCCAGGGAUUUUGGCACAACUGCAAUAAGGGCACCUGAUGAAUCACUCUCAUUUCAAGUGGGAUGCUGUGAGAAUUUUUAAUUAUGAAUAGAUUCAAAAGUGACCGUUGCAAUCAUUUUUCCAACUUUCAACAGGGGUAAUUUUUUUAUGAUUUCUGCUUGGCCUUUUACACAUCGUCAUUUUGACUUACAUGUAAGGACACUCGGUGAUGGAAACGAAGUACAUUUACAGAGGGGCUGAACUUGAGUACAAUUUUGUGAUUUGUACUUUUACAUGAACAUUCAUAAUUUUAGCUUCUUGAUACUCCACUGCAUAUCAAAAAUAAAUACCUUUUUAUUCCACUUCAACUAUCACUACUCUUCAGAUCGUCAUUUUACAUAAAACCAGAUACAUUGUAUACUGUAAUUAAAGCUACUUCCACGUCAGUAAAGAUCUCCUUGAACCACCAAUCUGAUGAUGGUCAGAGGGCCCUUAUUUUGUAAAUACUUUUUCCUAAUGGAUCUGGAUCUACUCUGUUCAAUCCUACUAUCUGAUACCAAUCAACUUCAAGAAGAGAACCAUUAUUUUCAACACUCAGACUGACUGUAUUUUAAUAGAUUCAUUCCAUCAUAUGCUCAUACUUGUUCAUUUGUACACAAUCUUGACUAAUAAAAAACAGCUGACUUACAGAUAAA